GUCCCUCCUCCUAUAUAUCCCACUCUCCGUGCGCGACGCCUUGGCCUCUCCUCUCCCUCCUCCGCCUCCCCCAUUUCUCUUCCCCUGCGAUCCGAGCCCGCACCCGCAGGGAAGAGAAGGGAUCACCUGAUCACCAGGGCGCGGCCUCGCGAUCUCGCGGAGGAGCGGAGAUGGGGCUCACGUUCACGAAGCUGUUCAGCCGGCUCUUCGCCAAGAAGGAGAUGAGGAUCCUCAUGGUCGGUCUGGAUGCAGCUGGUAAGACCACCAUCCUCUACAAGCUCAAGCUCGGCGAGAUCGUCACCACCAUCCCCACCAUUGGAUUUAACGUUGAAACUGUCGAGUACAAGAACAUUAGUUUCACUGUUUGGGAUGUCGGUGGUCAGGACAAGAUCCGGCCCCUGUGGAGGCACUACUUCCAGAACACCCAGGGCCUCAUUUUUGUUGUAGACAGCAACGACAGAGAGCGUGUUGUUGAGGCCAGAGAUGAGCUCCACCGGAUGCUGAACGAAGACGAGCUCCGUGAUGCUGUGCUUUUGGUGUUUGCAAACAAACAAGAUCUGCCUAAUGCCAUGAAUGCUGCUGAAAUCACCGAUAAGCUUGGCCUGCACUCGCUGCGCCAGCGGCACUGGUACAUCCAGAGCACAUGUGCUACCUCUGGUGAGGGUUUGUACGAGGGGCUUGACUGGCUUUCGAACAACAUUGCCAACAAGGCUUGAAGCAUCUAGGCAGGGCUUCAAUCAAUGGAAACACUCUGGAUACUUGGGGUACGAACUGCCUCUACCAUUACAGCGAUGAACUAUAGUCGUGUCUGUCGGAUGUGGGGAUGUUUUUGGGAGGAUAAAAGGCUCUUUGGUCAAGGAGCUAGGUAUCAGAUGUUUUCGUGGUAUUGUUAAUUUCUGUUUUGGUUUGUGCAAGGUAUACCAUGUCCGACUGUGUGCUGUGUACUCGCCACUGUUCUAUAAUGUGCUGUAUACUCUCGACCCCUGACUGAGGCGUUGUACUAUAUAUCUCGAUCUGUCUAGCUGUCUCUUGGCAUAGCAAAAUGGUGGCCUAAUUUGUUAGCACAUCGUUCCUCCUGCGUUUGCCGUUGUACUA